GGGAGGGGAGGAGAGGGGAGGGCGGCGCGCCUGGAGCCUCGCGCUCCGGAAGUGAAGCGGUCAGACCACCAGCUAAUGGAUGCGUGCUGGAAAGCCUGCUGACCGCUCUCGGCGCCUAGGACAGCUUGGCUGAGCUGAAGCUAAGACUCACACACCAUUGUGUGGAGGAGGAUGACAUUGUCCUGUACUAGAAGCUGAAUAUAUAAGCUCCUUGACUCUCACGGAACAUUCUGGAAUGCACAAACAGGAUUCCAAGCCACCCUGCUGUGACACGUCUCUCCAGGAGUCCUGGGUGCUAGAGUACCAGACAUUUCCCCACCAACUGGAGAGAGGAGAAGCAUCGGAAACCAGGACACAGUGGGGAAAGCAGCUCUUCCAGGUGCCUCCACGGUCAUCAGAGGAGGGUCAAUGCCACCUGGCUGCCGAAGUCCAGGAGGGGACAGCAGCAAGGGGACUGCAGAGCCUGAGGCAGUGGUACUGCUGUGGGGUAGGUCUGCAGACACAAGGGGAGUGCGAACCGGUCCUGCUCAAAGAUUUUGAGACUGUGUGUGGAGAGGCCUUCGGGUGGGUUCUGAGUUUAGAGCGGCGUCACCCCUAAGGCUGUGCAUACCCACAGCUCCGGUUGCUACCUGUAGAGUGAGUGGGUCGGUUUUGGGGACAAUGGCAGUGGCACUGUUGGAGGACUGGUGCAGGAUCGUGAAUGUGGAAGACCAGAAGUCGCUGAUGGUGACGGGCAUACGAGUGAACUGUGAUGAGGCUGAGAUCCAGGUGAUCCUGCAGGAGACUCUAAAGUCUCUGGGCAGGUACAGAUUGCUUGGCAAGAUGUUCCGGAAGCAGGAGAAUGCCAAUGCCGUCUUACUAGAGCUUAUGGAGGACGUUGAUGUCUCAGUGAUCCCCAGUGAGAUUCAGGGAAAGGGAGGUGUCUGGAAGGUGAUCUUUAAGACCCCUAACCAGGACACUGAAUUUCUUGAAAGACUGAACCUCUUUCUAGAAAAAGAGGGGCAGACAGUCUCAGGUAUGUUCCGAGCCCUUGGGCACCAUGGGGUAUCUCCGGCCACAGUACCCUGCGUAUCUCCAGAGGUACUGGCCCAUCUGUUGGGACAGGCAAUGGCAAAUGUCCCUCAGCCCCUGCUGCCCAUGAGAUACAGGAAGCUGAGAGUGUUCUCAGGGAGUGCCACACCAGCCCCAGAGGAGGAGCCGUUUGAGGUCUGGUUGGAGCAGGCCACUGAGAUAGUCAAAGAGUGGCCCAUCUCAGAGGCAGAGAAGAAGAGGUGGCUGGUGGAGAGCCUGCGGGGCCCUGCUCUGGACCUCAUGCACAUAGUGCAGGCUGACAACCCAGCCAUCAGUGUGGAAGAGUGUCUGGAGGCCUUCAAACAGGUGUUUGGGAACCUGGAGAGCCACAGGACCUCCCAGGUAAGAUACCUGAAGACCUUCCAGGAGGAAGGGGAGAAAGUCUCAGCCUAUGUGUUACGGCUGGAAACCCUGCUCCGGAGAGCUGUGGAGAAGCGGGCCAUCCCCAGGAAUAUUGUGGACCAGGUCCGCCUGGAGCAGGUCAUGACUGGGGCCAACCUCGGAGAGGUUCUCUGGUGUCGGCUUAGGGAGCUCAAGGAUCAGGGCCCGCUUCCCAACUUCCUGGAGUUGAUGAAGAUAGUUCAGGAAGAAGAGGAGGAGGAGGUCUCUUUUGAACAUGAGAAUAUCCCUGGGCGUGCUGGUGCCUGCCUGUAACCCCAGGAAUUGGGAGGCUGAGGCAGGAGGAUCCCAAGUUUGAGGAGAGCCUCAGCAACUUAUUGAGGCCCUCAUCAACUUAGCAAGACCCUGUCUCAAAAUUUAAAAUACAAAAAGG